AUGCCCGCGUCCGACCCCAGCUUUGCCCCGCUUGCCCGCUGGAUUGAGGACGCCGGCGGCCAUGUGCGCGGUCUCGACCUCCAGCCCUGCCGCAUGGGCCCCGCACUCGUGCGCGGCCUGGUCGCCACCGCGCCCGCCACCGCCGGCACGUCACUGCUGGCGGUGCCCCUCUCCCGGGCGCUGCGGGACGACCAUGUGCCUGAGGCCUACCCAGGCGCCCCCUGGACGGCGUCGAUGGCGGCCUAUCUGAUACAGGAGGCGGAAAAGGGCGCGGCCUCCGCCUGGGCGCCGUAUUUGGCCACCUUGCCCGAUGCCGCAGCGCUGGCAAGCGAGGGCGGCGCGGCCAGCAGCAGCAGCAGCAGCGAUGGCGGCGACGCGGGCAUGCUGUCCCUAUCGGAUGUGGAAGUGGAAGAGGUGCAAUACGCGCCCGCGGUGGCGGCGCUGCGCGCGUACCGCGCGCAGGGACGGCGCGCAUACGACGACUGGCGGCCGGCGGGCUCCGCGGCCGCGGCAAGCUGCAGUUGGGAGCGCUUUGCCCUGGCGCUGCACCUGGUGCAGUCGCGCACCAUCCGCCUGGCCAUCAUGGGCUGCCGCGUCAUGAUACCAGGCAUUGAUUGCCUCAAUCAUGGCGGCUCGGCCGGCGCGACCGGCACGCUUGCGCUGGGCAGCAGCAGCUGGAGCGUGGGAGGGGAGCGCACUGUGAAUUUCGUCACGACGCGCGACGUGGCGGCCGGGGAGCAGGUCUUGUGGACCUACGGCGACAGGAGCAGCGAGGACUUUUUCGCGUACCACGGGUUUGUCCUGCCAGACAAUCCCCAGGAGGAGGCGCAGCUCUGGGGCAGCGUGGGGGAGAUGGUGGCCUGGUUCUGCCGGGAGCGCAGCGCCGAGGACGCCGCGGGGCGGCUUCUUGCUGCGGCAGCCUCCUUCCCUGCUUGCCCCGCCUUUGAUUCAGCGCUGUGA